CUUUGCGUGAUGUCACGGAUCAGUUUUUUUUCUCCUCCGUCUUCGUCGUCUCGUCGUCGCGAUUUUGACACCUUGAUUCUCUCAAAAGGAAGAAACUAGAAAAAAAUCACUUUUCCGAAAAGAGAACAGCCCGUUUCGUUAGAAAUAAUCGUGUUUCGUGACCGCGGUGUUUUUGUGCUGUUCGACAUCGUCGAGGCGGCAUGGAAAUCUAGCUUGGACCGGGUACAUUAUCGAAAAAACGGAUUCCACCGCAACAGUCUGAUCGGAACAGAAGGGAUUCCUCUAGCCGUCAGUCACCGGGAACUUUUUUUUUUGUUAAUUUGCACGGGGAGUGUUAUUUCCAUACGAUUGUGCCGAUUGCCUAAUUUAGCUGAAAGUGUUGAGGAGCGGUAGUAUUGCUCUAGAAGUACAUCCGGUGGAACGAUGGAAGCGCUGGUAGAAAAUUCGUCGAAUCCUCCGUGCCGGUUCUACUGUCACUCUUGCUCAGUGGAAAUCGAUCGGGUUUCAUCGAACUUCACAUGUCCACACUGCUCGGAAGGGUUCAUCGAGGAACUGCCAGCGGCCGAAAGAAGCAACAAUCCUCCUUCCCCGCCGCCGCCAGCUGGUUCCGAUGGCGAUUCCAAUACAAACGAUUUCAUCAAUCCACAGGCAAUUCGAUUGGCCAGUGAAAUCUUCAGCAGCAGCAUCCUUUCGCCCCUUCUGCUGUCGACGUCGAGUGGGCCACGUGGUUCCGAUUCCGAUGGCGCCGGUUCACUAGGGGAUGAUGGUAUGGACACAGGGGCAGUGGGUGCUUCCGCCGGCGGUGGAGGUGGGCCCACCUUGAUGAGAGGCUUCGGAAGACACCGCAAUAGGCGCCGUGGCAUGCAGAACAUCAACAAUCUGGACAAUAUCCUGCGGGAGAUUCUGAUCUCGGUGGCAGACGGAGCGAAUGGAGGUGCCGGUGGAACGCCCAUGUUUUUUAUGGGCAAUCCCGGAGACUAUGCAUGGGGCCGGGAGGGGCUCGACACGAUCGUGACACAGUUGCUCAACCAGAUGGACAACACGGGACCACCGCCCUUGGAGAAGGAGAAGAUCGCCGAGAUACCGAAGGUCACAAUCAGUGCCGAGCAGGUGGACAUGAAGCUGCAGUGCUCGGUCUGUUGGGAGGAUUUCCAGAUCGACGAAGUCGUACGGAAGCUAUCCUGUGCUCACGUAUACCAUGAAUCGUGUAUCAUUCCAUGGCUGGAGCUGCACGGUACGUGUCCCAUUUGCCGGAAGAGUCUGGCACCGGAGCAACAACCGGAUGAACAGCGUGGCCUAGCAGCUGCAGCGAAUGCCGUAGCCAAUACGUUACGAUCACUCCACUCGGACGCGUUUCCCGGUGCAGCGAGCCACUCCUCGUCGUCAUCGGUUGACGAGGGAGGCCCAUCCUCCUCUAGUCUACUAGUCGAUCUCGCCCCGCCGAUAUUUCCCUUCAACGCCGGUACCGGUGCCAGCAUGGGAAACCCGAGGUCCCACAGUUCGAACCCCACGCGGGAAAGCAAUGCCAACUCGUCGUCCACAGCAUCCCCCUCUGCCGCCACCACCAACAAUCCGUCGUCGUCGGCGGCGGCGGCAUCCAGUUCCGGAAGCAGUAGAUCGGACAACUCCGGCACCAACAGGUAUCGCGAAGACGAUGGCAACAUCGAUUACGAAUUUGAUUAAUGGUUUCGACCACCACGGAUAAGAAGAAGCUGUGAAACGCGAGGUUGCGAUGCUUUUUACCAAAAAAAACUGUUUUGAUUUGCCACUUUUUCGGUUCACUCCGGACGCCAAGCUUGCACGGAAGCUGCAAGAGGUCCGGGAUGAGAACUCUGUUAAAUGUAAUUGUAGAUUUUUCUUUUCUGAUGGAUUCACCUUUUCCCGUUUUGUAUAUUUAAUCGUCCGAGCACUAUCUAGAUGUAUCUAACAAAAGCCAUGAGUUUUUGAUAUGUUUUUCGUUUCAUCCACUACUAAUGGCACGCUUCUUGAUAUUCGUACCAAGGUUCCCUACAAAGGUCAUACUUGAGAACCACAGUAUCGAUACCUCAAAGUGUGUUGGCCCACAAUAGAUCAGCUUAGGAUAUGAUUUUUGCAAUAAAUAGCUACCCAAUAUGAAAUGCACAUCUGCCACAUGAUUUAAAGAAUCGCGAUCUCAGUUCAGAUCGUUCGUACUAUCCAUAUUACGGAGCAUUCGUGCGAUUAUAAUAAUUUUCACAUUUCGCUUUGCGCACAUCUGAGACAGAAACUGUGGUGAAACGACAGCAAAAACCACAGAGUGGAACGGUCGCCAAAGGGUAGGGAAACUCUUUGCUUAUGUGAACAUGAAAAAGAAACUAAACCUGUGCUAUAGUAGUUUAACUAAAUAACUGAUUAAUCGUAAGACAAAAGCUAUAAAACUGAACAGCGGCAAUACGGCUAACUAUUGAAUGAUAAGACAAAAACUAUGAUACAAAAUAUGAACAUGAUGAACAAAACAAGGAAAGUAAUUUGUAGUCGCAGAUAAAAACCGCAAACAAACAUCAAUUUAUCGUUGAAAAUUAAAAGAAAUGCGUCUAACAUCA